AUGAAUUUGUCAGAGUUGGCAAUGUUUCGAUUUAAUUUUUGGCAUAAACCUUUUUUCUCUCACCAUGCAGCGGCUGUUGCAGCAGCCCAAGCUGGAGGUGCAGGGAUGGAGAAUUCAACUUUUGUACCUAAUCCUUUGACUUCACCCGCCUUGAUGGUACUGGCAUCAACUGCAGAAAAUCAUGAAGGUGGAAGGGCUCCAUAUCCAAAUCAAAAUGCUGGAGAUAAAGAAAUUUCCUCACCAUAUACAACACCUUUUACAAUGUACAGACCUGGAGAACCCUAUCCUGCUCCACUAUAUGCUCCGGUACCUCCUUUUGUCAGAGCAAAUAUGGAACGUGGUAUGCAAUUCAUGAACCCAGGGACCAGUAGUGCUUUUAGACCAGUAAGCACUAGUGAUACAGAUAGUUACCACUCAGCAUUCUCACCAGCUAAAAAACCCAAACACGAUGAUAAUGGUUUCAGUCCAAAGACCCAUGAAUCUGAAUGUAGUGAGAUGGCAAUGGACUACUCCACUGGACAUAAAAGUAUCAAAGAUGAAAGACCAUCAAGUAUCAGCUCUGCAGGAAUUUCUGAAAACUACUCAGAUAAUGAACGGGGAACUCCUGACUCUGAGGGAAGAAGUUUGAGAAAACAAAGAAAGAAAUGUGUUUUAGAUGGACAGUCCCCAUGUUGUCCCGUUUGUGGUAUUACAUUAAGGGCAGGAGAAAUAGAACACCACUUCACCCUUGAGAUGGAGAAACUAGACAGACUAGUCAGAUGUGGCAGAAAAUCAAGAGAUACCACACCACAAGGAAGAAAGAAUUUGUCAUCACCACCAGUAAGGCGAGGGAAGGAGUCUCCUGCCACAGAGGUGGUUUCACAAUCAAGAUUUGAGACGUACCUUAGGAUCAAAUGUAACCGUCAAGCUCGUCUAACCAGUCGUACUAAAAACAAAAAGAGAAGACCAACUGAAGAAAGCUGCUGUCCAAUAUGUAAUGAGAAACUGUCUGGAACUUCGGAGGAAUUAAAUGGACAUGUAGAAUUAUGUUUGAAAAAGCAGAGAGGCGAGUUGGAGGAUGAGAACAUUGACGUUGAAGGUGAUGAUGAACAGUAUGAAGAGUACACAUGGGCAGGGCAGACUCGAAUCAGAGCUACUACCAUGUUGGAAGGAGGAUUUGCAAGAUCAGGAUUUCAGACCAUGUGUAAGAGAACAUCUGAUGAAGAAGUGGAUUUAAAUGUUGAUGGAGAUGAUUCAGAAAUGUAUGGACGACCACAAUAUAAUGAAGCUGAUAUUAUUCCUUGUUCGUCAGAGGAACCUAAUGAGGAGAGGGAAAGGGAGGCACUACGUGGGGCUGUAUUAGGAGCAUCCUCCAGUUCAUCAAUACAACCCAAAGCAAGUACCAGUGAAGAAGUAAUGGAUGUAAAUGGAGCCGAUAAGUCUCCUUCUCAUGAUACACAAUUAGAAUCAAGCUCCAGUAAUGUUAUAGAAGCAUUAAAAACAAAACUAAAAGAUAGAGAUGCAGACCAAAAAACAAAAUGUCUGAUUUGCAUGGAAGCCUACAAUAAACCUGUGACAUCUAUACAAUGCUGGCAUGUUCACUGUGAAGACUGCUGGUUAAAAACAUUGGGAGCUAAGAAGUUGUGCCCCCAGUGUAAUAUGAUAACCUCUCCUGGAGAUCUGAGAAGAAUAUAUUUAUAGAUUUAUGUUGUGACUGACAAAUAAGAUUUGUGUUGGAUAUUUCUUAAGUCGAUUGACCAGAUUAACAAUAACUGUGUUGUACAACUGUAUUUCAACCAAAUAAUUGGGCGUGAUAAUACAUAAAUUUCAAUCAAUUCAAUUAAAAAAAUACAAAAGGAGUAAAUUUAUGUACUAGGUAGUUCAUGUGUAUCUUCUUCAAACAGUGAUGUGACGUAUUGUUUCGCUGAUAACAAAAAUAAUCUAAUUGCACAAUCUAUUGGCGGUUAAUUUCACACAUGAAAAAAAUUACACUCAUUAUAUUUUUGCUUCUGUAAAAAUGUCAUCCUUCUCGCUACCAUUAACUGUUGAUUCUGAUAUUUUGGGUGUCUGCCGAAGUAUGAAUGAUACAUAUUGUUUCUGUCAUUUUGUUAUUUGAUCAUCAGAGUUCAGUAAUUUUCUGUAUGGUUGUGUAUGUUGUUAUAGCUGAUUUGUGUUUUCUGUGUUAUAUUGAUAUUGACUUGAAAGUUAUAGGUUCUAGAGCUUUUGAAAUUGCUUACAUUCAAUGAUAUUAAAAUUUCUUAGUAAUUAGCUUCUUUUGGAAGUAACUACUUUUAUCUGUCUCUAAAGAGUGCAAAACAAAAAUAAUGUUAAAGGAAGACAUUUUUGACAGGUUGUUUUUUGUUCUUUUAAAUAUUACACAUUGUAAACACUGGUGACAAAGGAUUUAAAAUAAAAUUCAUUUUCAAAUAUUUCUGGCUCUUAUUUAAAAGAGUUUUGUAUGAAAUUCAGACAAUUGCAUUUGUAUAACUAUAAGUAGAACCUAGUGGGAUUUUUUUUAUUUUAAGGUAAUUUGCUUUUUAUAUUGCAAAAACAACGGAUUUACAAAACAAAAGAAAUUUUGAAGUGAGUUGUAUAUAUUCCUUACAACUUUUCAAAAAUUGGGGAAUUUUAUAAAAUCUUUUGACAUCUCAUGGCUAGAUAUUAAAAAAUAAAAGAUUUCAAAAUGUAGAUUUGAGAGUUUUUAUACAAUUGUUAAUGAUAUAGUGCUACAAGACACCAGUGUAUUAUAUUCUAACACUAGUCUGAUUAUUGUUGUGUACUAAACUAUUGUUUUAUACUAAUAUAUGAGAAGAUUAUCUAGAAAUAAAAUCAUGUUAUAUUUAA